AGAGGCGAGGCCUAGGGGCGGCUCUUUAGCAUCGCAUAGCCGGGGGAUGGGCUUUGUCCAUUGCAGCCGAGUUAAGGGCGCCAGCCGGGGUCCGGUGGAUUCCUGUUCCUGUCUCCCAGCCUAUUCUAAGAAGCCUCCUGGUGUUUAGGGCUCUGAUUAAAGGAUGCCAAGUGUGGCCGGCAUGAGAGUGGCUUCCCCUGUCUCCAAAGACCCUUCUUCCAGACGGCUGCUCCAAGGGUCCUCCAGCACGACCCAGUUCCUCCGCUGCAUGCCCAGCGUGACCCUGAGCCCUGGUGGACGGACGGCAAAACGCAAGAAGAAGCCGAGCCGGCGGCACGCGCGGUUCAUGGCAAGGAAGGCCUUUCUGGAAAGAAAAGGGAUCCUGAAGCGGAGUCGGUUCAAAAAGAAGGAAGGACCUUUGGACCAAGCUCGCUGCUCGAAUGCCAGUAAGCUAAGCUGCACGGUUCAUUCUGGAGACACCAAGCAGUCAGGUGCUUCUGAUGUGAAUGUAAAUCGCUCCGUCUCGUCCCGGCCUGAAUCUGAAAGCGGCCGCUCUACUUUCUCUCCAAAGCCGACCAGCCUGAGCACCAGAGCUCACCCUGUACGAAGGGCAAAUGCGCUGACUCGUGAGGAACCUGCCAGACCGUUGCCAGCCACAGCCCCUUGCCUAGCAAGCCCGCCACACUUCUGUCCUAAUCCUGCCAAGUAUGUGGCGAUUGACUGUGAGAUGGUGGGCACGGGUCCCUGCGGGCGUAAUACUGAGGUGGCCAGGUGCAGCAUUGUGAACUAUCAGGGUGACGUCAUCUACGAUAAGUAUGUGAAGCCAGAACAUCCCAUCACCGACUAUCGGACCCGGUGGAGUGGCAUCCGACAGCAGCACAUGACAAAUGCAAUUGAGUUUAACGUUGCACAAAGGGAGAUCAUGAAGAUCCUGAAGGGUAAGAUCCUGGUGGGCCACGCGUUGCACAAUGACUUUAAAGCGUUGAAGUAUUUUCAUCCGAGAUCUCUGAUUAGGGACACAAGUAAAAUCCUAAUGCUGAAGAGGAAGGCUGGUUUUCCUGAAAGAGAUUCCGUGUCCCUGAAGAAUCUGGCGAAGCAGCUUCUGGGUAAAAAUAUCCAGGUUGGCAGAGAUGGGCACUGUUCUGUUGAGGAUGCCUGCUCCUCAAUGGAGUUGUACCGAUUGGUGGAGAUUCAGUGGGAGCAGAAACUAUGCAAUCAGUUGUCGGCAGAGCACGAACAUACGGCUUCUGAAACAAACUCUGAAAUUGAUCACUACAUGGACGACCAGUAUUGGCCUGCUGAUUUGCACGAGGACAGUAAAUGAUCAGAGAAAAUGUUCUUCAGCUUCAGGAGUCAGCAGCAGAGAUGAACACUAGCGCAACAGUCUAAAAUCGAGGUUGUGAUGCAUUCUCCUGAUUUAAUUGUUCUCAGGUCUUCCCUUUGCUCCUCCUGACCAACAAAACAAAUGCUUAAUCCCUGUCUGACUUUUACCAAUGGAAUCAGCCCAACAGGCAGAAUGCAGUGGCCAACGGUCAGAUCUGCUAACUCAGCAUAGAUCUGGGAUCUCCCUGUACUGCGUGGCUCAGUACUAUGUCAAAUGGUGUCAUUUACCACACAAAAUAUCUUGACCAUAUGAUGAGGAGUGUGGGUGUUGCACUGGGUCCUAUUCUGUUCUUUCAUCUCUGGGGACUGGGUGAAAAUCCAGUCCUGUGGCAUCCCAGCCCUUCUGUCAGUGGACAAGGGCCAAAAGUACAAAACUGUACUCUGAGGUAGCAGGGUAGCUGCUGUAGGAAACAGAGGAAUGUUCAAUAGUGUGUGCUGUCCUGUGGUAAGGACUGAGGCAAAUGGUCAGGGCACAAUCGAGGGAGAGCUGUGUCUGUAUCCACCCUUCACCACAGCUAACCUGAUAGUGCUUGUUGGUGCUAACUCCAUUCCACUUGACAUUUAAAUUUGCAGAUGGUUCACCUAUUACCAGGAGUUCAAACUUGUUUUCCCUGGAUAGUGUUCGUAGAUAGUGUGUUUGGGGCAUUAACGGAUUGCUGUCACUCUUCGUUUUCCUACUUUUUAAAUGUUUAUUUUCUAAAUCCCCCCUGCCCCUGAAUAUGCUGACUUUUGCUGAGGCACAGUUCAGCUGAUGCCAACUGCCCUCUCUCUAGUUGCUCUCUUGCACUCAUACCAGGAACCCUGCCUUACUCUACCUCCAAGGGGCUGAAACCAAUUUCAACAUCUAAAUUGGAAGCGCACCAGAGGUCAAAAUAACUAGGUGCAAAGCUGAAUGGCGCAGGGUGGUUAUUCUCCACUUGGCCUGUAUUGGAAGGAAUUGCGGGUUAAAUGGAGGGAAAAUGUUUUUUUCUUUUCUCCUGUGACAUCAUCAGUGGGGCAGUGGUUUGUGGGUAUCAUUCCCCAUUGAUGAUGUCACAUGAGGGAGGAGUUCUGUACAAAAUGUCUGUUUUGAGGCUGUCUAACAAGUAUAAUUCAGACUAACAAAGCAUGAUGGAGAUAGCAGUAAGUGCACAGGUCCAGUUCACCUCAGUAAAUUUUCACUUGACACACAAGUAUAGUUGGGGAAAUGCACACUGCUUGUUCUGGUUUUGGGAGGGGGUGGAGAGAAAGGCUUUGGCUGGACUCUAUUUUUUGGUUGUAAUUUAUAGCCAUCAUCUAAUGGAUUAAUGAUAGAAAUUUCAGUCCAAAGGGAGGCUACUUGGCUCAUGUUAGUUCCCCACUAGAGUUCUCUCAUCCCAAUUUCUUCUUUAGACGUUCACCUUGUGUUUAACUGAUUUUCUGUCUAACCGUCUUUAAUUAGCUCACGUGCUCGUGUAUUCCAUAUUCUUCCUUCGCUUUGUUUAAUUUAUAUGUCUGCAUUGUGCCAAAGAGCUAUAGAUAAUUUAAAGCUGAAGGAGAAAUAAUUGCACUACAACUCCACUUAAGUAAUUUUCCAACAAAAAAUGACUUCUGGUCUGAAAAACUUGAUGAUUGGUGUGAAAUGUUGCCCACUCAGUGGGAGCUUGUUGUGUAACCAUACUGGGGUGUUGGGAUAGAGCAUUGCAUAUGGCGACCCCUACCUGUCACUGUGGACUGGGGAAGAAAUACAGCUGUAUGAAGGCCUGCACUCUCAUUGUUUAAGUGGCUUGUUGAGUUUGGGUGUGGGCCCCAAAUAAGCCUAAACACAUCUGGUUUCCAUUUAGCAAGAAUCAAUCUCUAUCUCUGUUUUCCCCUGUCUCAGUAUUCUCCCCUCCUUUUCUGAAAGCUCAGACUCUUGCUAGGAUCUGGUUCCACAGGAGUGAGGAUUCCUCUUGUGCAUCACUCUGUCUAUUUUCUUUCUUACGCAAUCCCUUCUAUUGUAACACCCUAUGCUGAGGAAGUGUUGAAUGCUCAUAGAUAGUGUGUUUGGAGCAACGAUGGAUUGCUGUACUGCCACUCCUCGUUUUCCUACUUUUUUAAAUGUUUAUUUUCUUAAAUUUCUGCUUCCCCCUUCACCUGAACAAGCUGACUGUUGCUGAAGCUGCUCAUCAGCUGAGGCCUGACUUCCUGCCUCAGACGAAUGUUAAAGAUGCCAUUUCCUUUUUUGAAGAAGAACAGGGGAGUUCAUCCAGUACCCUGUUCAACAAAUGUCUUUCUGGGGGAGGGAAAGGAAUACUGGGGAGAAGAAAAGCAGGAUAAUCUCAAGUUCUGUCGAAGGGUCAUGAGGACUCGAAACGUCAACUCUUUUCUUCUCCGCCGAUGCUGCCAGACCUGCUGAGUUUUUCCAGGUAAUUCUGUUUUUGUUUUGUAAUUAAUUGGCCAUUUGUCUUGAGGCUGCUUGUGAUGCACAAAACGGCUGCCAUGCUUGCCUACAACACAGCCAUUGAUUGUCAAAUAAUUCAGUGCACGCAAAGAGUUUCAAAGCAUUGCGGAGAGAUGUGAUAAUGUGUCACUUCAAUGCAAAGCUUUUUUGGGUGUCAGCUGUGGCUUGAUCAUUGGGUAGGACUCACGCCUCUGAGUCAAAAGAGUGUGGGCUUAAGUCCUGCUGCAGAGACUCGAGAUCCCACGGCACUCUGCAAAAAAGGAGGUGGGUACAUUCCCUCGGUGUCCUGGCCAAGAUUUAUUCCUCAACCAACAACUAAAAACAGAUGAACUGGUCAUUAUCACAUUGCUGCUUGUAGGACCUUGUGCAGAAACUGCCUGCACAUUUCCUGCAUUACACCAGUGACUACACUUCACAAGUGCUUCAUUAACUGUAAAGUGCUUCAUGAUGUCCUGGGGUUCAUGAAAUCUGCUAAAGAAAUGCAAAUGUUUUUCUUUAUCAUCCCAACCCACUGUCCAUGUCCCUUUUUUUUUGAAAGUUUGUGUUUUCAUCCUUUUUUCGUUCAACUUAAUUGUAGUGCAAUCUAAUUUUUUCUUUUCGUGCUAAAAGCUAAUUGAAGAUUAACAAAACCAGUUUGGAACGCAUUCUAAUUAUUAAUUUCUAAACAAGUUUUUCAGUCAGUUGGAACUAUCACUGGGUCCAGCCGUAGUUCAGUGAUUGAUUUCUAAGAAUUUCUCAUACUCCUUGUGUUCUAGUUUGCAUGUUUUCUAGGUUCUGAGAGGCACACAGAUAUUGCUGUUUUCAUUUUAUGUGCAGUUUAAUGCAUCAAGGUGCCUUUUUUUUUGCUGUUUUGUUUUGUUGGUUGCACUGCUGUCUCUUUACAGUAUUCUCAAAUCUUGAGUAAAAUCCAUUGAUCUCAAUGGCUCAGUCUGAGCCAGAGAGACCUGCAAGAUCCCAAAUUGACUGGCUUCAGCAGGGGGGGGGGAGGGGAGGGUUGACGCGGUGACACUACAAUGCUAUCAUUAGCUUCAGCACCGCUAGGUUAAGAAGAGCAUGAAAUCAUCAGCCAGUGUUACCACUCGUCAUUCGUCUUUGCUACACCUUUGCGCCCCCCCCCGCCCAAAACAGGCAAAAUGUGCCGGUUUGCAGUGAGAAAUGAGGCUUUCCACUGUUGAAUAGCUUUAUGACAAUUUGCCUCAUUUGUGAAGGAAGGCACUUGUGUAACUUUGCAGGGCUCCCCAGCACGCUAUACUGGCAUGAGUUGGUGCCUUCAGGAGAGCUGGGGAAUGAGCUGCAUUGUAACUUUACAAUAGCUUUUCACAAAUAAUUGAACAUAGAUAAAGACUACUUGGCCCAUCAUAGCUUGUUCAUCCAGAAAGAACCACACAGUCGCUGUUAUUGCAUCUCUCAGGUUCCUUUUCAUGUGCUAUCGCUUUGAUUACUCUCCCAGUAGUUCAUUCCAACUGUUGACCACUCACCCUGCGACAAGAGUUCCUGACGUAAGUCCUAAACUUUGCUGUUCGCUACUUUCAACCUGUGUCCGUCUGUCACAUUCAACCAAUCAGAUUAGAAAGCUGAAAGAUUUAUUAUUUUUUGGAUGAAUUUGCUAAGUGAUUUGUUGGACAAUAAAUUAUUUUCAAACCA